UUAGAAGUCUGUCCGGUGCGUCACCGCUGACUAAGCGCUGCGCAGCCACAACUUUGACAAGUGCGGCGGCUUCCUUUAACCACCUCAUUCAAAUGGGAUAAAGACGACGAUGGAGUUCUUCUGGGGGGAUAUCAUAUUCUUCGUACUUGUCAUUACUGACAGAAUUUGGCAUUCACAGUCCUUCAACAUUGGAACUGCAGGUGCCAAAGUAUUCAGCGGACCAGCUGCAGAAGAGUUUGGCUACACAGUCCAACAAGCGACAAACCAUGAAGGCAAAUGGCUCCUGGUUAGUGCUCCAUGGAGUGGUUUCAGUCAAAACAAGAAGGGGGAUGUUUACAAGUGUCCAGUCGCCGGGUCCAGAAAUAACUGUGACAAGCUCAAUCUUCAAGAUUCUGUUAGUAUUCCAGAUGUUAAAAACAUCAAUGACAAGAUGUGCCUGGGUUUGACUCUUACCCGCCUGCCUGCAGCCACUGGUUUGAUGAUGUGCGGUCCUCUUUGGGGACAGCAGUGUGGCGAUCAGGACUUCUACCCAGGGAUAUGUGCACAAAUGAACCCCCUCUUUCAACUUCAACCUGCCUUCUCUCCUGCCGUCCAGUCAUGUAAAGGGCCUAUGGACAUCGUGAUUGUUUUGGAUGGCUCCAACAGCAUUUAUCCUUGGCCUCCAAUGAACGAGUUCCUCCAGAAGUUAAUACCCGGGCUUGACAUCGGGCCCAUAAACACACAGGUCAGCGUGAUUCAGUAUGGUGUUACUCCCCGGUUUGAAUUCAGACUGAACACAUAUAAAACCAAAGAAGAGUUGAUGGCUGCUGUGUCCAGCAUCAAGCAAAUGUAUGGUACACUUACCAAUACCUUCAAUGCGAUUCAAUUUGCCAGUGACCAGGGGUUCAGUCAAACUAAUGGCGCUCGACCAGGCGCUGCCAAGGUGAUGGUGGUCGUCACUGAUGGGGAGUCUCACGAUAGCAAUGUCAGAGAUAAAGUCAUUGCCAACUGUGAGAGACAAGGCAUUACCCGCUUUGGUAUUGCUGUGCUGGGUUAUUACAUCAGGAACAACAUCAACACGGAUAAACUUCUAAAAGAAAUCAAAUCCAUUGCCAGUUUACCCACAGAGAAUUACUUCUUCAAUGUGUCAGAAGAGGCAGCCCUCUCCACCAUCGCUGGAACACUGGGGAACCGCAUCUUCAACAUAGAAGGCACUGGAAAAGGGGAUAACUUCCAGAUGGAGAUGGCCCAGGCGGGAUUCAGUGCGCACUACUCCAGUCAGGAUGUGAUGAUGCUAGGAGCAGUGGGAGCCUACGAUUGGAGCGGGACCGUCAUCCAUCAGAAAGGGAAAAAAGUAGACAUUCUUCCUUUCUCAGCCUUUGAAGGAGCACUUCAAGACAGAAACCACAGCUCAUUACUGGGUUACUCUGUCACCACAUUGAUUGAUGGGUCUACAGAAUACUUUGUGGCAGGUGCACCUCGCUCCAACCACUCUGGACAAGUUAUUGUCUACACCGUCAACACCCAGAAGCAGUUAACUAUCAUAGAUUCAGAAAGAGGGAAACAGAUUGGGUCAUACUUUGGAAGCGUCCUGUGCUCCCUGGACGUGGACAGAGACGGAGUGACAGACCUCCUUCUGGUCGGCGCGCCCAUGUUCAUGAGCGAGCUGAAGAGAGAAGAAGGCAGGGUCUUCGUCUUUUCUGUCACCAAGGGUAUACUGAAUGAGCAGGGAUUCCUCAGUGGUCCAACUGAGAAUGCACGUUUUGGGAUGGCCAUUUCUGCUGUUCCCGACCUGGAUCUCGACGGUUACAGUGAUGUUAUAGUUGGAGCCCCACUAGAAGAGAAAGAAACAGGUGUCAUCUACGUCUACCGUGGGGAGAAGAAGACAUUAAACAAAGAGUACUCGCAGAGAAUCCUUGGCUCCAAACUGGACCCCCAGUUAAGGUAUUUUGGAAGAUCCCUAGAUAGCUACCAAGAUCUCAAUGAUGAUACUAUCCCUGACAUCUCCAUUGGGGCAUAUGGAAAAGUGGUGCAGCUCUGGUCCAGAGGUGUUGCUUCUGUCACAGCUAAAGCUUCUUUCAACCCCGAUAAAAUCAACAUUUUAAACAAACCCUGUGACAUCAAUGGACGCAAGCUUUCAUGUUUCAUCACGAACCUCUGUUUCAGUGCUGCAUUCAGGCCUAAGAACCCCGUUGGACCCAUUGAUAUAUCCUACACUUUAACGCUGGAUGCAGACUUGCAGUCUUCACGAGUGACAUCAAGAGGACUCUUCACUAAAAACAAUGAACGCUUUUUCACAGAAAAGGCAAAAAUAUCAUCUACGCCCCUGUGUCGAGACUACCAGUUUUAUGUUCUGGAGACACCAGACUUUGUUAAUUCUGUCAGUCUGAAAGUAGAAGUCGAGCAGCAGAGUCCAGAUGUGAACCCCGUCCUCGAUAUGUUUUCUCCCAAAGCCUGGGAGUUCUUUAUCCCCUUCACAAAAGACUGUGGCACUGAUGAAGUGUGUGUGAGUGAUCUGGUGCUGACUGUGAAGACAAACACGAAGGCGUCCAGCUCAGCUCCCUUUCUGGUUGGCGCUAAUCACAGAGAUCUGUCAUUUGAAGUGGUUGUGAAGAACAAAAAGGAGAACGCAUACAACACUCUGGUCUUGGCCACGUUCUCCAGCAACCUCUACUACUCCUCCGUCUUUCCUCCCACGGAUGGAGUGAAAUGCACCUCAACACAAACACAAACUGUCACUUGCCAAGUGGGAUACCCAGUAUUAAAAACAGAUGAAGAAAUGAAAUUUCAGAUCAAUUUCGAAUACAGUCUUUAUCAGUUGCAAAACCGUGCUGAGGUGAAAUUUGAAGCCAAGAGUGAUAGUAAAGAGGAACGACCUGCAGACAACAACGUGGACAUAUCCAUUCCUGUUCAAUAUGAUGCAGGGAUUAUUUUAUCAAGGCAGUCAAAUAUCAAUUUCUACGUGGCAGAUACUACCAUUCCAGUGGUGACAACGGUGAAAAAUCUCGAUGACAUUGGCCCAGAGUUUAACUUUACAGUAAAGGUUUCAACAGGUACCUUCCCUGUCAGCCUCGUGUAUCUGACCAUUGCUCUGCCAAUCACUACGAAAGGUGGAAAUAAGCUCCUCUAUAUUACCAGUGUGGACACACAAGCAGGAGGUUCUGUCAGCUGUGACUCCAGCAGCCUGGUUGAUCCUCUGAAGAUCGGUGUGAAGAGCCACAAAGUCUCCUUCUCUGAGGAGAGCCUCCGAGACAUGGAGAUACUGGACUGCAAAAGUGCAACAUGCGAGUAUUUGAAAUGCAUCCUCAAAGACACUGAAGUUAACAGCGACUACUUUGUGAAAGUCAAAACCAGAAUCUGGAGUGGCACAUUUAUUUCGGCCACCUAUCAAACCAUCGAGUUGACCUCCAGUGCUGAUGUUGAGACCUCCAACCCUGAUCUUAUCACUGUCGGCCUCAAACAGCUACCAGUUGUGGUGAAAGUCAGUAAACCUGGAGAGAAAGGUGAUGUUCCAGUGGGAGUGAUAGUUGGCAGCGCCAUUGCCGGACUGCUGCUGUUGGCUCUGGCUGUUGGGGUGCUGUGGAAGCUUGGGUUUUUCAAAAGAAAGUACCAGCAGCUUCAGAGGGAGGCUGAUGAAGACGCUCAGAGCCGCGCACCUGACAAUGAAGUGCUGUGAACUGCAGAGAAAAGCUCCAGUCCUCUCUCCUUACUGGACUGUUUCCAGUGUGGAUACUGGUACUUGCCACUGGUGCUUGUAAAGUGCAAAUAGACUACAGCUCAAUCACUGGAAGACAUUUUAAUGAAAUUGAAGCUGUGGAUAAGUGGGAUUCAGUCUUCUGUCCGUUUUACAGAGGACUGAUGAUAUUAUUCUAUUUUUUUUUUUUUUUUUGAGCCUGACUGUACAGUGACUGCUGUUGAAUAAAUGUAAAUACUGUAUUUUUUCUAGGCGUUAUGACAUUGGAUGCAAAUGUUACACUGUAAAGGAAUCUGCCUUCUGGUUUGACAAAUUCUGGGCAACAUGGUUACCAAACAGUUUCAAUUAGACGAGUCUUAUAAUCAUGUAUAUAACUCGUUUGACCUUUUUAACACAACUGUUGUUGCCAGUCAGUCUGUAGCGUAAACUGCCUUGACAUCCACUGUCACCUUUAGCACUCAGGGCUUUUCUUGCAUUAAUGCUCUUGAUAUUAAUAGUUUAAAUGCAAUACCUAUCCUGGAAAGAGUGAAAUCUGCCAUUACUCUGUUUCAUUGUUUUUGUACUGUAUAUACUGUAAGAUUAAUUCUGAUCUUUCAUAUUGAAUUUAUAUAAGAAAAGAUCAGAGGCAGUAUGGGUCCAUGCGGUAGCUGCUUGUGUUGUGUGUUAUUGUUGUUGUAGCAUAUUGCAGCCAUUAUUUUCAGAAUUUAAUAAGCUGCUGAUUAUUUUCUCAAUUAAUCGAUAUUUGGUUUGGUUGAAGGUCAGAAAGUUGUUUUAACAAAGAAAAGCAGUUUGAAACAGCAAGUGUUUGGCCUUUUUUUGCUCAAACCAUUAAACUGAUUAUCAAAAUAGUUGCAUAAUAGAUACAUUUUGUGCUGAUCAACUUAUUGAUUAAUUGACUAAUAGUAACAAUGUAAAUAAAUUAAAUAACAAAAUAAUUUCAUCUCAAAUAUUUUUUAUCUGUAGGGCAGUGUGUACUUUUUGAACCAUAUUCAGCCCCCAACAACUAAUCACACACUCACUACAGAGCAGAGGCGUUACACAGAGAGAUUUGAUCAAAGUUAAUCCUCUAAAUGUGUAUUGGCACAACUUUGCCACAAGAUGGCAGCAUAAUACAGAAGACAUGUUGGUAUUGUUCAUUAUUUUGUCACUGCUCUGCUGAUGACUUGAACAAUCUAUACCACUAUCACUUAAUAAAUGAUAAUGUAUGAUUUA